CUCGAUCGCGGAUGCAACUAAAUGCCGAACACUUACGUUAAGCUCAGGCACUUUUCUGCCUAUGUAAAGCAUUUGUAAGGGGAUUAACUUGCAAUGGCACCAUGCAUCCCCAACUAUUAUUAUAUUUGUUGCUGCCGAUAUAACGCUCACGUUUAACAUCCAUUUAAUUCGCUACUUUAGGUAAUAUAUCAUAAUUUAUGAUUCUAUUCUGAUCUGAUGGCCGGAAGGAAGCGUGCAGCAUCUAGAAAUCAUGCGACGAACACGACGACGGCCUCUGGGUCCGCCCGACAGACGAGGUCCAGUGCGAGGCGCUCUAAUGUUCCGGAUAUAUAUCGCCAAAUGCUUGUCGAAGCCGAUGUCCAGCCUGAUGCGCCCUUACCUGAGCGGCCAUUAAAAAGGCGGCGACCCGGCCAGAAAAAUGAAGAACCACCCAAGAAACCGAAUCCCCCGGAGAUAACGCCGAAGAUUGAGGAUGUAGACGAUGAAGAGGGUAUACAGUUUGAGGAUGUGCCCUUACCAGCCGCAACCAUUCAGACGGUAUAUAGAGAUUCGGAUGAAGAAGAAGAAGAAGAAGAAGAUGACGAUGAUAUACAAUUUGAAGAUGUCGAUUUCUCGGUACCUCCGAACUUAAAUAAUACCGAAGGUGCUAAAGAUGCCAAUAAGGAUUUGGUUCUUGACUUCUCGACGCAGACAGCUAGAGGCGCCCAGAAGACUGUUGAUCGGCGAAAGCCGAUUAGCAGGGCAGAAAAAGAUCGUCGAAUUGAAAUACAUAAGACGCAUCUGCUCUGCCUCUUAGCCCAUGUCGCUCGUAGAAAUCGGUGGUGCAAUGAUGCUAUCGUUCAGGACACGCUACGAACACACCUGACCAAGAAAAUGGUCAAAUAUCUCAACCCAGGGACCCAGCUUACUCAAUUCGGACGGGCACAAUCCCUUAAGGAUGGUCUGGAGCAAGUGGGAACCAUGUAUAAAACAAAAUUUCAGAUCACCGAGCGAGGACUUCGCCGGGCGCUUUGGGCUGAGAAUGAAGAGCAUCUUAAAGGCUACAAGCUCCCAGACGAUGUAGAAUCAUCUAGAGAAAAGCCAGAUUUCCGAGAAGCGGCAAAAUCUCUCCGUGGCUCGCGUGAUGUCGGCGCACAAUUGUAUUGUGCACUUCUCCGCAGCGCUGGGGUUGAAGCCAGGCUCGUGUGUUCCCUUCAACCUCUUGCUUUUUCUUCCGGAGGCCCUCCUUUAGGAAAACCGCCAAAACCGGAAGGAAAGCUAUCCAUCGCAGCGCGAUAUGCACAGAUGCAACAGAAUGCUGCAAAUAAUAAUGAUAAUAAUAAUACGGCCAAUUCACCAGAUGAGGUCGUUUGCCCAAUCCGCAGGCGGUUAGGGCAUCCGAACGCUAUGGCUUUCCAGGUUCCUACAGUUCAUACUGCUAGUUCAUCUCGCGAAGCUCCUCCUGUGCCUAAAAAGAUCCGGGAAUCACGCCAUCCUGUCUAUUGGGUUGAAGUUCUAGACGAAGCCCACCAGAAAUGGCAGCCCGUCGACCCAUUAGUGACAGACUCGUUCUGGAAACCUCAGAAAAUGGAACCCCCAGCUUCUGACCGAGAAAAUUGUAUGACCUAUGUUGUUGCCUUUGAAGCUGAUGGCACGGCAAAAGAUGUAACUCGCCGCUAUGCGAAAGCGUUCAACGCGAAAACAAGAAAGAUGCGAAUCGAAAGCGCAGAGGCUACUGGUGAAAGGUGGUGGCGGAAAGUUCUUAGGGCUUUUUCCCGCGGGUUCACUUCAGACUUAGAUCAGAUUGAGAAUAACGAAUUGACAGCCGCUGAGUUACGGGAGCCGAUGCCCCGUAACAUUGCUGACUUUAAGGACCAUCCUAUAUAUGCGCUUGAACGACACUUUAGGCGGAACGAGGUACUUGUGCCUGGUGCUUCUGCGUCAGGAACUAUAGGGGCUGGUAGUAACGGACCCCUAGAGAAAAUCUACAGGCGUAAGGAUGUACAGAUUGCUCGUAGUAGGGAAAAGUGGUAUCGAAUGGGCAGGGAGGUUCUCCCGAAUGAGAUACCUGCUAAAUUCCUACCUAAACGUGCAAAACAGAAGACUGAUUCAUUUGAUGACGAGGAGGAUGGGGAUCCCGACGGGACAGUCGGAACACCAAUAUUCACAAUCAAUCAGACGGUACAAUUCAAACAUCCCCCGGUUGUCAACGGGCGAGUGCCGAAGAACCGAUUUGGAAAUUUAGAUAUUUACGUGCCCGGCAUGGUUCCGGAAGGCGGCGCCUACGUGGCUGAUGAGCUCGGCGCCCGAGCUGCCUUCAUACUGGGGGUGGACUAUGCUCCCGCCCUUACUGGCUUUCAAUUUAGGGGUAGACAAGGCACAGCCGUCCUAUACGGGGUGGUUGUUGCCGCAGAACAUGAGGAGGCUGUCCGGGCUGUGAUUACAGGUCUUCAAGACCGGGAAGCCGACAUAGAGAAGGAAUUGCGGGCCCGCGAAGCUCUCAAGACUUGGAAAUUAUUCUUGAGGGGCCUUAGGGUUCGGCAACGGAUCUGGGAAGGUGUUGACUCUGAAGAGGAAACCCAGAAUCCAGAUACUACCGACGUCGAUAAGGGAAAAGGGGUAGCACAGGAGCCGGACAUGGAGGACGCGGCACAGCAAAGUGAUGACAGCGAUGAAGCUGGAGGCUUUAUGAUAGAUGACGACUACGCUGGUGGCUUCAUGGCCGAUUAAGCCUGGGGCUCAAUACAAAUUAUGCGGCCUUUAAACGUUUACGCGACUAGCUACCUUGG